AUGGAAUUAGUAGCGCUCAUUGGACCAGCAAUAAAAUUGGUCAAUUAUAUUUUUCAAUGGCUUCAAUCUAAUAAUAAAGAUAAAAAAAAAAAGGAGUUUCAGGAAUUGGAGGAGAAGAUGAAUAGUCUAGAAAAAACACUCAAUGAUCUUAAAAAUUACAAUGAUCAUUCCUCCUCUCUUAAGUAUGCAAUAAAAGAUUGUUCUGAAACUUUGAAAGAAAUCAUGAAUUAUCUUAAUAGCAAUAAAAUAGGACGUGAUAAUAGUGGAAUAGAAAAUUUAACCAAUAAACUCGACAAUAUUCGAAGAGAUAUCAAGCGUUUUUCACAUAUUGGCAACGUCACUUAUAAUUAUAAUCUAACGAUACAACAUCAACCAAAGUCGCAGCCACAACAGUUAACACAUCAACGAGAAGAAAUAAAUAUAUUAUUACUCGGUGAAACUGGUGUAGGAAAAUCCACAUUUAUAAACUCUUUUGCAAAUUAUUUUAAAUUUAAUAGUUUAAAAAAUGCAAUUGCUGGUGAGAUAGAUGUGUUAAUUACAUCCACAUUUACGAUGACAACCGAGGACUUAGAAACAAAAACGAUAACGGUAUUUAGAGAGUCAUGCACUAAAGAAUGUGGUGUCUACGUGUUUCCGGUAGCUGAAAAUAAAGUUAUAAGAUUAAUUGAUACACCUGGGAUAGGAGAUACUAGAGGAAUUGAAUAUAAUGAAAUAAAUUUUGAAAAUAUCUUAAAAAAUAUAAGUCAUCACAACCAUCUGAAUGGGAUCUGCAUACUCUUCAAAUCUAACGAUUCACGCAUUAAUGUAACAUUUAAAUUUUGCAUACAAGAAUUAUUAUCACAUCUACAUAAAAAUGCUAAAGAUAAUAUUGUCUUCUGUUUCACUAACACCAGAGGAACGUCCUUUCGUCCAGGAGAAACAUUAUCAUUGCUUAAGGCAGAACUCCAAGGACUUGAAAAAAAAUCGGGUAUUAAUAUACCAAUUAAUAAAGAAACAAUAUAUUGUUUUGAUAGUGAGCCAUUUAGAUUUCUAGCAGCAAAUAAGAAAGGAAUGAAAUUUACAAAUGAUGAAAAGAAAGGCUUCACAGAGAGUUGGAAAAAAUCUGCGAAGGAAUCAGCGAGACUCCUUCAACACAUUAAAAACUGUGAACCUCAUAAAAUAAUUGAUACUAUAUCGCUCAAUAAUGCUAGGCAAACAAUAAUGACCCUUUGCGAACCUCUCGCAAAGAUAAAUCAUAAUAUCCUAGAAAACAUUGCGGAAGUUAAAAAGCUAAAAGAAGAAAUAGAAAAAGCUGACUUAACUGAAGAGGAACUCAGAAAGAAGUUGUACAUUCCACAUAUAGAGCUUGAGGUGAAAAAAAUGAAACGACCCAAAGUUGUAUGCACAAAACGCACUUGCCAAAUAUCAGUUACUCAUGAAAAUUGCCAUAUUAAAUGGAAAUGGUUGAACACAUUUAUGCAGAAGCAUAAUGGAGUUAUGAAGUUUGGAGUGUAUCAAAUUGACAUUCAAAACCAUAUAAAAAAGCUUCAAGAAACGAUCGAUCGGUUAAAAGAGCAUCAAAAAACGGUUGAAAAUACUAUAAUUAAAUUUACAUAUUUUUUAAAACAAAAUGCAUUAGCUGCUUUUAAUGAUGCAUAUGUAGAAUAUCUUAAUCACAUAAUACAUACUGAGAAACGAAAGAUUGAUGAUACUUCCGAUGAAUACAAUAAUGAAAUCCUUGAAGGGCUAGAGGAAAUAAAAAGAAACUAUGAAGAAAAUGUGAAAAUUAUUAAGACAAUUGAGAAAAAUGAACCCUCUUUAUACACUUCUGAGGAUAUAUUUGAACUUGAAAACCAGUUAUAUAACUUAUCAGGCAUCAGCAAAUAUUUGCAAGAUAUAAAGAAUGAAGAGAAAAGAGUAUUCAGGUAUAAAGAAAAACGCUAUAAAAAUAUGCUGAAUGGCUUAACAAAAAUUUUUAAAGAUUCAUAA